AUGAGCGGAAGUGGUGGUUGGGAAGAGUCGUAUCAGGUUGCAAAAGACCUUGUCUCGCGCAUGACGAACGAUGAGAAGAACAAUAUUACUUAUGGAUAUGCUUCCACGACCAACGGCUGCUCUGGAAAUAUUCCGUCUCUCGAGAGGCUGGGCUUUCCUGGCCUCUGUCUUUCUGACUCCGGCAAUGGUGUCCGCGGCACUGAUGGUGUCAAUGGCUAUCCGUCGGGUCUGCACAUGGGAGCGACCUGGAACAAAGCGCUCACGCUCAGCCGAGCACAGUUCAUGGGCGCUGAGUUCAAGCGCAAGGGCGUCAACGUAGCUCUCGGACCUGUCGUGGGACCUCUUGGUCGUACGGCCAGGGGUGGCAGGAACUGGGAAGGCUUCAGCAAUGACCCGUACCUCUCUGGAUCGCUCACUUACGACACCAUCAUGGGUAUGCAAGAGAGCGUCAUCGCUUGUGUCAAGCACUUCAUCAUGAACGAGCAGGAGACGAACCGCAACCCUCCUUUGACGGACCCGACGGCGCUCAACGUGAGCGUGAACUCGAACAUCGACGACAAGACCAUUCACGAGCUCUACCUUUGGCCCUUCCAGGACGCUGUCAAAGCUGGCGUCGGCAGCGUCAUGUGCGCCUACAACCAGAUCAACGGCUCAUACGCCUGCCAAAACUCGUGGACGCAGAAUGGCUUGCUCAAGGGAGAGUUGGGCUUCCAAGGCUUCAUCGUCACCGACUGGGGCGCGCAGCAUGCCGGACUCGCCACCGCCGAAGCAGGUCUGGACAUGGUCAUGCCAUCUAGCGCGUACUGGGAGAACGGUAACCUGACGCUCAUGGUCCGCAAUGGCUCCCUUCCUCAGAGUCGCCUUGACGACAUGGCGACUCGAAUUCUGGCUUCGUGGCACAGAUAUGCUCAGAUUGAGGAGCCCGGCGCGGGCAUGCCUAUCGACCUUCUUGCGCCUCAUCCUAUCGAUGAUGCUCGUGAUCCAGCGGCGAAUGAUAUGCUAUUGCAGGCGGCCAUCGAGGGACAUGUACUAGUGAAGAACGUCAACAACGCCCUUCCUCUUCAGAAGCCCAAGCUCCUAUCCCUCUUUGGUUACGAUGGCGUGGUGCCGUCUAUCAACACGCCAGGCGGCCCAGGCACUUUCAACUGGAAUUUCGGUUUGGUGAGCACACAGUACGCGCUUGGUCUCGGCGACUUCAACGACACAUACCUCUUCGAGAACUUUGCAUCCGCUGCACCUUGGGAUGCUGUGGUGCCGGGGAUCGCUCUCAACGGCACACUUUAUACCGGCGGUGGUUCUGGCGCUACGACUCCUGCUUUCAUCGACGCACCGUUCGAUGCCUUCCUACGUCAGGCGAGGACGGACAACACUCUCAUGCAUUGGGAUUUCUACAACCAGGAGCCGAUGGUCAACGAGGCCUCCGACGCUUGCAUCGUCUUCAUCAACGCUCUGGCUAGCGAGGGCUGGGACAGACCAGACCUCGCCGACUCUUACUCCGACAAGCUAGUCGAGAGCGUCGCUUCCCAAUGCAACAACACUCACGUCGUCAUCCACAACUCCGGCAUCCGCCUCGUUGACGCUUGGGUGGACAACCCAAAUAUCACCGCCAUCAUCUACGCCCACCUGCCGGGCCAGGACUCCGGCCAGGCUCUUGUUGAAGUCAUGUACGGCGUCCAGUCACCUUCCGGCAGACUCCCCUACACCGUCGCAAAGAAAGCCAGCGAUUAUGGCAGGACUCUGAACCCCGUCGUCCCGACCAACGACUCCCUAUGGCACACCCAGGACAACUUCACCGAAGGCGUCUACAUCGACUACCGCGACUUCAUAGCCAAGAACAUCACCCCUCGCUACGAGUUCGGAUAUGGGUUGACGUACUCGGAGUUCGCAUACAGUAACCUGCAGACCCAGAGCACUAGUAGCAACACCACCGCAUACUCAACCGGCAACGGCACCGCCUGGACCUCCACCACCGCCUGGACCUCGUCCCCCGCCAACACGACCUCAAACACCACUGCCCCCACCCACCCUGAGGGAGGCGAUCCAAACCUCUGGACCCCUAUCGCCAGCGUCUCCUGCACCGUCCAAAACACCGGCGCCGUCGCCGCGGCGGAAGUCGCACAGCUCUACGUGCACAUCCCCGGCGGGCCUGCGCGCGUGCUGCGCGGGUUCCAGAAGGAGAUGUUGCAGCCCGGUCAGAGCUGUACGAUGGAUUUCGAGCUGACGAGGAGGGAUCUGAGCGAGUACGAUGCCGCGCAGAGGAAGUGGGUGUUGAACAAGGGGAGGUAUGAGGUUUUUGUGGGCAAGAGUGUGCUGGAUGUGCAGUUGCGGGGUGCGGUGUAUGUCUAA